AUGUGCCUUCUUUGUGGAUAGCUGACAGAAACAGCCAAAAUUAUCAAGUAGAAAUAAUCUUAAGAAGUUCCUUGUAUAUUCGGUUCAGCUACUCAAUCAACUCCAGUUUAAGUUUAUAAGGAGUUAGUUUGUUUGGAUAAAGAGGAAGGAUGAU